CCUGCCAGUUCGGGCGGGAAUGGAUUGGGCCAAAUUGUUAAAAAGCCCAAUUCAGAAACUGCUACGCUUGUUGUUUCGUCCACUCUCCUCUGCAUUGAUUCCCCAUUCCGUCGCCAUUCACUACCGCCGUAGCACUAGCGCAAGUCUCUCUGUAGCUAGGGUUUUAGGGUUCCGAUGGGAGUACCAUCGUUCUACAGGUGGUUAAUCGAGAGAUAUCCGUUGAUUUUGCAAGAUGUCAUUGAAGAAGAACCGCUCGAAAUCGGCGGCGGCGCCACGGUCCCUGUCGACACUAGCAAACCUAAUCCUAAUGGCCUCGAGUAUGAUAAUUUGUAUCUCGACAUGAACGGAAUCAUUCAUCCAUGCUUCCAUCCCGAAGACAAGCCUUCUCCGACAACGUUUUCCGAGGUGUUUCAAUGUAUGUUCGAUUACAUAGACAGACUUUUCGUGAUGGUUCGACCCCGGAAGCUGUUAUACUUGGCUAUUGACGGUGUUGCUCCAAGGGCGAAAAUGAAUCAACAGAGAUCCAGACGGUUUAGAGCUGCGAAGGAUGCAGAAGAAGCAGCAGCUGAAGAAGAGCGGCUGCGGCAAGAGUUUGCGAGUGAAGGGAGGAGGCUGCCUCCUAAAUUGGAUUCUCAAGUUUUUGACUCUAAUGUCAUAACUCCUGGAACACAGUUCAUGUCUACUCUGUCAAUUGCGUUGCAGUACUACAUCCACGUUAGACUGAAUUCUGAUCCUGGGUGGAAAAAGAUUAAGGUUAUCCUCUCGGAUGCUAAUGUUCCUGGUGAGGGGGAACACAAGAUCAUGUCAUACAUACGUCUUCAAAAGAAUCAUCCUGGUUACAACGCAAACACUUGUCAUUGUCUGUAUGGUUUGGACGCAGAUUUGAUCAUGCUAGCGUUGGCUACCCACGAAGUUCAUAUAUCAAUCCUUCGUGAGGUUGUUUUCACUCCUGGACAACAAGACAAAUGCUUCUUGUGUGGCCAGAUGGGGCACCGAGCAGCAGAUUGUGAGGGCAAGGUAAAGAGGAAGGCAGGAGAUAUGCUUGAUAAUAGUGAGACAGAUCUCGUAGCUAAGAAGAAGCCAUACCAGCUCGUCAAUAUCUGGACGCUUCGAGAGUAUUUGGAGCACGACAUGCAGAUACCUAACUCACAAUUUCAAAAAUGUUUGGACCGCAUAAUCGAUGACUUCAUCUUCAUCUGUUUUUUUGUUGGGAAUGAUUUCUUGCCGCAUAUGCCUACGCUAGAAAUACGGGAGGGUGCUAUAGAAUUACUGAUGUCUGUGUACAAGAAGGAAUUUGGAUCGAUAGCAAGCUACUUAAGCAAUGGAAGCGAGCUGAACUUGAAAAAUGUGGAGCAUUUUAUCCAGGCCGUUGGGCUCUUUGAAAAUAAUAUAUUUAAGAGGAGAGCACAAACUCAUCAGAGGCAAUCGGAAAGGUUUAGCCGUGAUAGAACUCAAGCAAGCAGAAAAUCUAAUAAUGGCCAGGUUGUGCAACUAGAGAAUCUAGUUGAAGAGCCUACUUCAUCGCAUGCCAUACCUCCACCAAAGUGUUUGCGACUGUCUUUGGAUGAUAGCAUUGAUGACGUAAAUGUUGAAACAGAAUGUAGCAUCAAAGCAGAAGAACUAGAUAACAAAGAAGAAUUGAAGUUUAAGCUUAAGAAACUGUUGCGGGAAAAAUCGGAUGGGUUCAGCACAGGGAAAGGCGAACAAGAUAAGGUUAGGCUAGAUGUACAAGGAUGGAGGGAAAGAUACUAUGAGGAAAAAUUCACAGCUAAGUCCGUGGAGGAAAUGGAACAAAUACGCAGAGAUGUUGUGUUGAAGUAUACAGAAGGCCUUUGUUGGAUAAUGCAUUAUUAUUAUCAUGGUGUUUGUUCCUGGAAUUGGUUUUAUCCAUAUCAUUAUGCACCUUUCGCAUCUGAUCUCAAGUUCCUUGAUAAGCUAGAGAUUAAGUUCGAAGUAGGUUCCCCUUUUAAACCAUUUAAUCAGCUUCUGGCAGUUCUGCCAUCUGCAAGUGCGCAUGCUCUCCCAGAGUGCUUUAGGACAUUGAUGACAGAUCCAAACUCACCUAUAGCUGAUUUUUAUCCUUCAGAUUUUGAGAUUGACAUGAAUGGAAAGCGCUAUUCUUGGCAGGGUAUAGCAAAACUGCCUUUUAUUGAAGAAAGGCGUCUUCUGGAUGCAGCCGCAAGAGUGGAGCACUCACUGACGGAGGAGGAAAUUCGAAGAAACAGUGUGUUGUGUGACAUGCUCUUUGUAGUUGCAUCUCAUCCACUUGCUGAGCUCAUCCGUUCUCUUAAUAGCCGUACCAUGAAAUUGAGCAAUGAAGAGCAAGGAACAAUUACGGAAACAGUGGACCCUGUACUAAGUGAAGGGAUGAAUGGUUACUUAGCUUCAUGUGGUGGAGAUAGUCAGCCUCCGUGCUUCCCUUCCCCAAUCGAAGGCAUGGAAGAUGUUUUAGCCAAUCAAGUCAUUUGUGCCAUAUACAAACUUCCAGAUGAUGUUAGAGGCAGCGAGAUUUCUCGCCUACCUCCAGGAGUGGUGCUCCCUAAAAAGACUGUGCAGCUAGUGGAUUUGAAAGCUGGAGCUAAUCUAUGGCAUGAAGAUGGUGACAAAAGACGAGCUCCUGCAAAGAUAAUAAAAGUCAAGAGGUAUAACCCACAAGGAUCCAUUUCUGGGGAUAGGCUUGGGAAGGCAGCACACAGACUUGUGCUACAAACUAUAAAUUCGCAGGCGCACAUCAGCUCAGAAGCGGCGUUGCGUACAAAUACUAUUUUCCAGAACGAACAAGUGUCGAAGCAAGUCCCAUCAUACCGAGGGAAUGCGGUAGUGAAGAUAGACGCUCCUCCGAGUGAACACAACCGGAACAAGAAGAGGAAGAGAAACAGAAGCUUUGACGCUCCGAGUGAACAUACCCACAAGAAGAAGAAGAAGAAGAAAGACAAAACCCCUCAAAGUGAACUUAGUGAGCAGCAGAAGAAGAAUAUAGAAAACAGAAAGCGCAAGGUAAGGGAGAAAAAAAAGAGAAAUGUCGCUAAUAGAAGAGAGAAAGCCACAAAUGUGCCGGCAAGCAAAUGAGAAACCAAUUUUACAUUAUGUAGAUCCCAACAGUUUUGAUAUUCGCAUUUUCUCCCCUAUUAAUACUUUUCUUUCUUUCUUUGUCACGUCCAAUUAGUACACUAAAUUGAUGGAACUAGUCUAAUGUCAUUUGACUAGAUACAUCAUAUUUUAAUUUGACUUCAGUUUAAAGAAUGAGAAAAAUACAUUUGAAGUUAUUUUGACGAUAGAUUAUGCUACUAGUAAGCUAAUUAAUGUAUACAAUUAAGCUUCAAGAAAUGUAACUAAGUUCAGACACGGUUUCAUGUGAUUUAAGUUGCAAAAACGUUUUUUUAUAGUAUUGGGCCAAUAACAAUCGCAGAGGAUUAUGGUUCUUAUCGGUUCGUCAGUCAAUUCACUGCCUUGAGCCGCGGCUACCAAGAUCAGACGCAGCCUUAGACGCCCGCUCUAACGCACCGGACAGCCAAAGAGCUCCGCUGGAGAAGUAACUGCUAUUGACAACACUUGUUGCAGCAGCCGCCGCGGUUCUACCUGUGGCAGAGACGGCUGAUUUGGCUUUGUCUGAAACAUGGUACUUUUGGUCGGUCAAUCUGACCGCUUCAACUCCGGCGAAGAUUUUGUCAGUGAGACCGAUCCUCUGGUCAAGUUGAGAUACUCUAGCAGCUGCAGCAGCUGAUACGCCGUGGGAUUCGUCAAAUCCUUUAGCCUUGGUUAAAGCGUCUUUCCCUAGCACGAACCCGGUGGCUAGCAUUGUUUUCACGACUUCUUGGGCUUUCGUCACUGCUUCUCCAGCGUUGAACUCACCUCGUUGAGGAGGAGUAUGUGAGUACGUUUCAUCUUCAAAACCCCGUGGAGUCCCGUUCCAGAAGUCAAACUCCUGGUGAUGCUGUCCCCAACGAGUUAUGCAAACGCGCUGCUCCAAUAUCGUUGCGCCCUAAAUAAAACAGCAGUUUCCUGAGAAUAGGAAUCCUUGAACAUGACAUAAGCAGUGCACGCUUGCUCACCCGACCUUUAUCUCGUUAACAACACACCAGAGAAGGAGAAGAAGUCGAUGAGAUCUUUCUCAGUAACAGCUGGAGAUAACCCAGUAACUUCCACACCAUAUCCAUUUUGAUGAUUCAUCUUGUUCAGUAGCUUAAGAACUUCAAAAUAAAUCGAAGGAUCGAACUUACCUGCUGUUGACCAACACACACACACGGAGAAGCUUGAAAGAGAGACGAUAGUGAUGAAGUAGCUGAUGACGGGAGAGGGACGACCUUUUUUCUAGAGAACGAAACAAACGCAAUUUGAAAGGUCAAAACGGCGUCGUUAUCCACUCGAGCAAACUUAAUGGGGCUUUCAUAUUCUGAGUGGGCUCAUAAACAAAAGAUCUGUACGAAAGGCUCAAUAUGAUUGAGAUUAUUUUUCCAGUCCAGCCCAAACAAUUAUUA